AUCAUCAUCUCAUCAUCACUCUCUCUUUAUAGUUCUCUCUCUCUCUUAGAUCUCACAUUCUCUCUCUCUCUCUCUCUCUCUCUCUCUACCACCAUGGCUCUCCUCACAGAUCUCCUCAACCUCAACCUCUCUGAUCACACUGAUAAGAUCAUUGCUGAGUACAUAUGGAUUGGAGGAUCUGGCAUGGACAUCAGGAGCAAAGCAAGGACACUUCCGGGACCUGUCACCGAUCCGAGCAAGCUCCCGAAGUGGAACUACGACGGCUCGAGCACGGGCCAAGCUCCCGGAGAGGAUAGUGAAGUGAUCCUAUAUCCCCAAGCCAUUUUUAAGGAUCCAUUCAGGAGAGGGAACAACAUUCUUGUCAUGUGUGAUUGUUAUACACCGGCGGGCGACCCGAUCCCGACGAACAAGAGAUACAAUGCAGCUAAGAUAUUUAGCCACCCUGAUGUUGCUGCUGAAGUUCCCUGGUAUGGAAUUGAGCAGGAGUACACUCUCCUUCAGAAAGAUGUUAAGUGGCCUCUUGGAUGGCCUCUUGGUGGAUACCCUGGUCCUCAGGGUCCUUAUUACUGCUCCGCUGGUGCGGACAAAUCUUUCGGGCGCGACAUCGUAGAUUCGCACUACAAGGCCUGUCUGUAUGCCGGGAUCAACAUCAGCGGCAUCAACGGAGAAGUCAUGCCAGGACAGUGGGAAUUCCAAGUUGGCCCUGCUGUCGGGAUUUCCGCGGGCGAUGAACUGUGGGUCGCUCGAUACAUUCUCGAGAGGAUCACCGAAAUCGCGGGGGUAGUGCUUAGCUUCGACCCGAAGCCAAUUGAGGGAGAUUGGAAUGGAGCUGGUGCUCACACAAAUUACAGCACCAAGUCUAUGAGAGAUGAUGGAGGAUACGAAGUGAUUAAGAAGGCGAUCGAGAAGCUCGGCCUGAGGCACAAGGAGCACAUUGCUGCUUAUGGCGAAGGGAACGAGCGCCGCCUCACCGGGCGCCAUGAGACCGCCGACAUUAACACCUUCCUUUGGGGCGUUGCGAACCGUGGUGCAUCCAUCAGGGUCGGCCGAGACACCGAAAAGAACGGAAAAGGUUAUUUCGAAGACCGAAGGCCUGCGUCGAAUAUGGAUCCCUAUGUGGUCACUUCCAUGAUUGCUGAGACUACCAUCCUCUGGAAACCAACUUAAAUUGCAGGAGAGAUUGGAAGUACUCAUUUUACUAUUUUUUCUGUGGAUUUUUCGAUGAAUCCAUCUCAAUGCGGACUAUGUUGGCAAAUCUAUUGUCUUAGUUUAGUUGUCUUUAGAUCGGGCAUUGUUGUAGUAGUUUUCACGUGUCCUUGUCGUGAAAUAUGAAAGAGUCGAAAGGCAGAUACUUGCAGUUCAUUCUCUCGCCUUUCAUUCUACUUGUAUUCUGAAUAAUGGCCGCAAUAAACAUAUCUUUCUCUCUC